UGGGACAUCCUCGGCGAAGGCGAAGUAAAGUCCCUCGCCCAACUAUCCACAGACCACUGGAACCAACACAAACGACCCCUCCGCGUCGCAAUUGACGAAGCAGGUUGGCGCUUCCACAACCUCAGCGACGCCCAAGUCGCAGCAAUCCGACAAAAAGUGCCCGAAGCCAAUCCCAUCGAAAAGGCAAUCCUAUGGCGUGUUCUCAAACUCAUGCGUAUGAAUAUCCAGCCGAUUUUCAUCUUCGAUGGACCGUCCAGGCCUUGGAAACGAGGAGAUGUGGCGGGGAGAAUCGAUUGGAAGAAAAUCGAUUCGCUGAGGAAGAUGUUGAAUCAUUUGAAGAUUUCACAUCACAGGGCGCCUGCUGAGGCGGAGGCGGAGUGUGCGAGGUUGAGUGAGUUGGGAAUUGUGGAUGCGGUGUGGACUGAUGAUGGUGAUGCGUUUAUGUUUGGAGCAAAAGUACUAAUCAAG